AUGGAUUUGCACGCCUUUCUACAAUUGUGCCCCAAAAACAUCACACACUUUACCUUUGACACAAGCAGCUCUUCACGCCACGCCAUGAUCAUGGACCGUGACUACAGCAUUGCUCCACCGCCAGCAAAGGAGCCAUCAUUGCCACAGCUCCAAUUCACAUAUCUCAACUUGCACGCCACAUUGUACCGCUAUGAAGUCGACUAUAUCUUACAGCAGUGUCCACAACUCAGAUGUCUCGUGUUUGACUCUGUCAAACCCUAUGGCCACACGAUGAUACAUGUGAUUGAAGCGUGUGUUCAAUUAUGCCCUACUCUCGAAUGUCUAGCAUGGGGUCGUAUUCGUCCAGACUUUGUUUCGCACUGGAAAUCCAAGGUAUCUCUGCCAAAGAGAAAGGCAACAGAAAGAGAAUACAUCUGCGGAUUACAAGAAAUUGUCUGCGGCAGCUUCUACCAUGGCGGCCACUCGUUUACGCAGAUGUUGUUAGCCCAUCGUCGUACGCUUCGCACUGUCCGCCUCGAGCGCCUUCAGAACCAGCCUGUAGACCCAUGGUACCCAAUCACGCCGCGACACAAUGUCACUUUCAACCACUUGCAGACUAUUCAUAUCGAUAAUAUCCAUGUUAAUGCCGAGUCUUUGGCGAGGUGGAUAUAUCAUUGCCCACAGCUUGAAGAGUUGUCUUUGCACACAGUCACCGCAGACGAGACAUCCUACUGGCUUGACCGUGUCUUUCAGGCGCUCGGUAGCAGCAAUGCUAGAUUGAAGCGACUACACGUUACACAUGAUAGAUUUGCUGACAGCAACAAUGACGCUACCAGCCACACUGAAGAUCCUAUCUACAACCAUCUUAUCCAAGCCAGACAUCGGCUAGAGUCGAUCCGCUUGUCUGGAAAUCGCCUUGUUACGAAUGCCAUCUUGGAGGCGUUGACGGAAAAGUCAAAUGCCUCCACGUUAAAGCGCGUGGCACUGGACUAUUCAGCAACGGAUAAUCAUCGUUUAGACCUUACUACAGACGGCAUGCGUGCAUUUGCGCACAAUCUUCAUUGGGAGCUUGACGAACUAGGAAUUACGGAGCACCAAGAAGAUGGGCUCCUGACAGAUGAGCUACUGAUGCUUUUGUCUUCAAAGGUGAGAAGACUCUCACUCAAGGGCUGCACAAAGCUUACUGGUGAUGGGCUCAAAGCUUUUAUCGAUCAUGGUCAUGGCAACAGCCUCGUAUCCAUGCAAUUAGUCGAGUGUGCAAACAUAGACGAGAGCAGAAAUAGUGUAGAGUAUGCUAGAACAGUACUCGGACAGAAUAACGUACAGCAUGUAUCAUCCGAGCGCAAUGCAGACGAUGACAUCGUGUCUUUUGUAUACGUGUAA